GUUACUACCGACAUAGCUUCCUCUAACCUCUAAUAUAAUAAUAUUUUAUUAGCAAUGAGUUUCGAUGGCUACAAAGAUGUAAUAAACGAGGGAGACACAGUUAUUCUUUACUUAACAAUAACUCAAGUAUACUCUGUAAAAGCAGAAGGGAAAACGUUGAACAAAAAGGGAAAUCUUGUAGAAAACGUGUUUCAAACACCAUACGGUGCCUUAAAAUGUGGAGAAUUGGUAGGGAAGUACUAUGGCUCAAAAAUAUCUUUGAGCAAAGGUUGGGGUUACGUGCUCCAACCUACACCAGAGUUGUGGACUAUUACUCUCCCUCAUAGGACACAAAUUAUCUACACGCCUGAUAUAAGUAUGAUAAUUCUUCAGUUAGAGUUGUGUCCUGGUAGUAUCGUCGUCGAAAGUGGAACGGGAAGUGGUUCUCUAUCCCAUGCUUUAAUCAGGGCAGUAAAACCACACGGACAUUUGUAUACAUUUGACUUCCAUCAAACCCGUUCGGAAACUGCCCAAGAAGAAUUCAAAGACCACGGAUUAGGGAGUUACGUCACUGUUGGUCACAAAGAUGUAUGUGAACAUGGGUUUGGCGAUGAUUUAUCUGGCAAAGCGGAUGCAGUAUUCUUGGAUUUACCUCAUCCUUGGUUAGCGAUACCUCAUGCCUUGAAAGUCCUGAAAGAAAAUGGAGGAAGGCUUUGUUCUUUCUCCCCGUGUAUCGAACAAGUACAGAAAAGUUGCUUGAUGCUGCUAAAGUUAGGGUUUCAAGAAAUACAAACGACGGAGGUGCUGCAAACGCAAUAUGCCGUUCAACAGAGACACCUACCUGUAAUUAAUCUCGAUUUCCUUAAGAGCGAAAAAGAUGGUAGUGAAAGUGAGAAGAAGGAAAGGGAGGUACAGAAAGUGGUGACGAUGGUUCCUCCCCCGAGUCUGCCGGGACAUACUGGGUACUUAACAUUCGCAACUUUGCCUCCUGUGUGGGCGAGAAGUUUGCAAAUUAGCUUGAAUCAAAACGAUAUGAACGAAGCAGAAUGAGUUUUUAAAAUAAGUUCCAAAUGUUUUUUUUUUCUACUGUACAUGUACUAAUAAAUAUUUUAGAAUUAUAA